ACUGCAAUGGCAUCCAGAGGAGCAACGGUGCAGGACCUCCUUCUAGAUGCUCUGGAAGACCUUGGUCAAGAAGAGUUUGAGAAAUUGAAAUUCAAGCUACGUACAGCUGCUGCUCCUGGAGGCAAAAAUAUUCCACUUGGACGGCUAGAGAAGGCAAAACGGGAGGAGCUGGUGGAACUUCUGGUUGAGUUCUAUGAGGACAAGGCUGUUGCCCUGAUUGUGACCAUCUUUGAGGACAUUGGUCUCAAGUACAAUGCCUCAAAACUCAGUGAGGUGUUUGGGAAGCAAGUUCAAGGUUACAAAAGGAAGUAUGCUGAGACUGUGGUGGAAAACUACCAGCUGAUAGAGGACAGAAAUAGUUUGCUUGGUGAGAGCAGCCCUUUAAAUGCACGGUUCAUAGAGCUGCUUAUGAUUAGGGACCAUCGGCCUCAGAAGCAGAGGGAGCACGAGUUAGCUUCUACCGGCAGGAGGCACCUGGAGAUCCUGGAAAAACAUACUUCUGAGUAUUCAUCAACUGCCAUUGAAAACCUUUUUGAACCUGAUGAAUCUAAAGUAACCCCAAGAACAGUAGUGCUCCAGGGACCUGCAGGGAUUGGCAAAUCAAUGACCGUGCAAAAGAUCAUGCUGGACUGGGCUGCUGGGGAGCUCUACCAGGACAUGUUUGACUAUGUAUUCUGCAUUCGCUGCCGAGAACUGAGCCAAAUGGAAGAAGCCAAAAGUCUGGCUGACCUUGUUAUAGAACAGUGUCAGGACAUGUCUGCUCCAGUGAAAGAGAUCUUAGCCCUCCCUGAAAAACUGCUUUUUAUCAUUGAUGGCUUUGAUGAGCUUUGUUUCUCCUUACAGCCUGAAGAUGGUCAUUUCUGUUCCAAUCCUUCUUCAAAGAUGACCAUGGAAGGUAUUCUGAGCAACCUGCUGAGGAAGGAGCUGUUGCCCAAAUCCUAUCUGUUAGUCACCACAAGGCCCGGUGCGGCAGAGAGACUACAAAGAUAUGUGAAGUUCCCCAGAUUCGCUGAAAUCCUUGGAUUCUCUGAAAAGGGUCGCCGGGAAUAUUUCUUCAAAUUCUUUAAAGAUGAGGGGAAAGCCAACAUGGCACUGCGAUUAAUUGAAAAUACCACUGCAGUGUCCACCAUCUGCUUUAUCCCCAUGGUAUGUUGCAUCAUCUGUUCUGUCAUUAAAGUGGAACUGGAAACUGAGAAUGAGAUUGCAGACACACUGGAUACCACAACCAAGGUCUUUGUGCAGUUUUCUCACAGUCUCCUUAAGAAUGAUUCCAAAAAAAGAAAGAAGUCCCUUCUGGAUGAUUUCAGGAAUCUUUGUUCCUUAGCACGAGUAGGCAUCCUAGAACAGAAAAUCCUCUUUGAAGAAGAUGACCUCAAGAAGCAUAAUUUGGCUGUGUCUGAUCUCAAAGACCUGUUUCUAGACAGAAGAACAUUCCGAAGGGGGAUUGGCCUCCACAGCCUCUACAGUUUUCUCCAUCUCUGCUUUCAGGAGUUUUGUGCUUCCCUGUUUUAUAUUCUACCAGAUGAGAAAAAGGGAGCCCCAGAUGAUAAUGAGAUGGACCUGAAGAAGCUCUUAGAUGUAUGUGAAAAGCCAGGCAAUGAGCAUCUGACAUUAACUGUACGCUUCAUAUUUGGCCUGAGCAAUGAAAAGGUGCGAGCCAUCCUGGAGGAAGCCUUGGAGUGUAAGACAUCUGACCUUGUCAAGCCUCUCUUAUUGCAGAGAGUAGAAGAAGUGGCUGUUGAGGAUCCUCCUCGAGAAGGUUCUUGCCUGCUGAAUUUUUUCCACUGUCUGUUUGAGAGCCAGGAAGCUGAAUUUGCAAGGCGCGUGAUGCAUCGUUUCCAGACUAUUAACAUUUCUUUCAAGACGCUCUCAGUAUUGGACUGCAGGGUUCUGGCAUUCUGCUUGCAGCACAGCACAAUCCAAGAUCACUCCAUUGAUCUAACCUUUUGCAGACUGAAGACUCAUCACAUGAAAGCUUUGGCCCCAGGAAUAAAAAACUGUACAGUUUUAGAAUUUGGAAGCAACAAACUUGGAAACUCAGGAGUGAAUAUUCUCUGCACCGUUCUGAAGGAAUUAGAUUGUAAUGUGAAUACCCUGAAUCUUGAUGAGAACUACCUCACUCAUGCCUGUGCCCAAGAACUUUGUGCUACUCUCAGCACUAGCAAAACACUCUACAGUCUAAACCUUAAUGAUAACUCCUUCUCAGAGGCAACUGUGCCAUUCAUCGUAAACCUCCUGAAGACUUGUACGAGCCUGUCUGUUUUAUAUUUGAAUAGAAAUGGAUUUGGUGACAAAGGAAGAAAACGCCUGAAACAGCAAGUGAAAAAGAUUGAGUUGGAACGUCCAUUUUGGUUGUGGCUGUGA